UCCGUACAGACACACCCCGAGCCCCAUCCAACCCACACAAAAACUCCUCCCCUUCUUCGCCACCUGAACAUCUUUACCAAACGACGACGCUGAGCGUCCUGUUUGUUUAUUCAGGAAGAUUGCUUGAGAACGUCUUUGCAUUAUGACCAAACUCAGCGUCUUUGGCGCCAUCAUCGCAAACCCAGGUAAUACAUAUCAAAACAGCGGAUCAGAGAAAAUCCCAGACUCACUGAGCUACGAACUCCAAAUAUCCGGCAAUAAAAUCUAUAACUACGGACUCUCCACAACUGAAGACACCGGAAUACUCUACGUCCCCGCAAACCACAACAACUGCUCCGACCCCGCCGCUCCCAAUGCUGUUCCAUCGGGUAUUACGUCAUGGAACGAUAUCCCACAUGACUAUCUGCGAAUAGCGAUGGUGCCACUGACCGGAUGCGCGAAUGAGUACCUUAUGCAGGCGAGACAGGAUCAGAAUAUCCUGGCGGCGGUGUUGUAUAAUGUCACCGGGAGCUCGUAUCCGUUGAGUGGAGUAUCCGUGCAGUCCAGCUGGAAUUUCCCAAUCUACUCAAUAUCCUCCGACGAAGCCGCCCCCCUCCUCCAAGAACUCGUCAACUACAGCGGAAAUCUCACCUCCGUCCCAUACGGGCACAACCUCUCCCAACUUUACCCCGCCGAUUCCUACGCCCGACUCAUCAUGCAAAUCGGGGAUUCCGGCGUAAGUUUGCCGGGAUUGUGGAUUUUCUUGUUGAUUGUGCUGGCCACGCUGUGUUUGAUCGUGGGGGUUGUGAGUAUUGGGAUGCAUGCGCAUACGUAUCGUGCGAGACGGGAUUUGAGGAGGAGGAUUGCGGCAGGGGAGUUGGAUCUGGAGGCGUUGGGGGUGAAGAGGUUGACGGUGCCGAAGGUGUUGCUGGGAAAGAUGCCGAUUAAAACGUUUGGGGAUACGGCACCGGCAACGGCACCAUAUGCUAAAAAGGCGGUUGAGACGACGAUGGUGUCCGAAGCGGGCCUGAACGGAACCACGAUCAACCACACCUCAACCUCCUCCGACGGAACCCUAACCAACCCGACCCACGCUCAAGGCGUCAGCGAAGCAACCAACUUCGACCAAACCUCCUGCGCAAUCUGUCUCGACGAAUUCAUCCCCCACGAAUCACUCAUCCGCGAACUUCCCUGCUCCCACAUCUUCCACCCCGACUGUAUCGACCCAUAUCUCUCCACGCGGUCCUCGCUGUGUCCGUUGUGUAAGAGAAGUUGCCUGCCGAGGGGAUAUGUCCCGGAUACGCUACAAUUGACGAAUGCGACGAUUGCGAGGGAGAGGAGGUUGAGGCGGAUGAAUGCUACGAAUAUGAGUGUCAAUGCGGGCACGAAUGGGGUUGUCGUGGAGAUGGGAGAUUUGGAGAGGAGGGGGACUGGGACGGGAAUUAGGGAGGAUGCGCUUGCGCCUACGCAGGAGGAGGAGGAUGAGAUGACUAGGAGACGGGGUGGGUUUAGGAGGGCUUUGGAGGCCGUAUUUCCGGUAUUGGAGGGGAGGAGGUAA